UAUCUGAGAUUCAUUUUGCGGUUGCCACAUCACGCCAGUUCUCGCCUUGGUCGGACACGGUUUAACUUCCCCCUUCAACUUGUGUAGAGAUGGAUUUUACGCUUGUCUGCUGUUUGCUGAUUUCUGGACUGGGCGUGGCUCGGGCCUUGCCCGGUGGCGCCCCGGCGAAGGCGUGCGCGGCCCUGUUACCUAUGCAUACUGGAAUCUCUCCGUCCACAGAAACGGUGCCAUACACCUUUACUUUCAGUCAGUCUACAUACACUCCUGGGAAGGCAAUUACAGUGACCAUAACAACGUCAAAUGAGCAGCAAUACCCCAUUGCGGGUUUCCUGCUGCAGGGGCGACGAACCCAGGGAAACACUGGCACGUCUGUCGGAACGUUCUCCAACCCGACAGGUAAAACCAAACUUCUCACCUGUAACACGGCCGGCGAUUCGUUCACGCACUCGGCAGCGGAAGCCAGGGGCAAGACGGUACAGAUCACAUGGAACCCACCUAGCAGCGACGCCGGAAACAUUGUCAUCAGGGGAACUGUGGCAGCUUCUAAGAAGGUCUUCUUUGGUGUCCUGAAUUCCAGCGAAAUAACGUAUGUCAAGCCUUCCACGGGCACCGCAACAGGUCCGGCAGCUCUUCUCAUCUUUGUGAUAAGCAGUGUGAUGGCGAUCUUGUUCUUGUAACGUCAUCACCGGAUAUCGUCACUAGGAGGCCGUAUUAACGCACAACCACGAUGACGUCAACGGAUUGUGCGCCAAUCAAAAUGCGUGUCUUCUAAAAUAUCAACAUUAUAGUACAUUUUAAGUACCUCUUAAAUAUUUGAAAUGGCUAGAUGUGUUGCUUUACAUUUAAUAAUGACUGUUAAUAAUAGCAGAAAUAUUUUUUAUGAAACUGUUACCAUUAUUUUGUUAUAAUAUUAAUUAUCGUUUGAUUAAAAAACAAUCUGUCACAGAACAGUACUGUAUUACGCUCAGACCGUUACAACGACAUAUGAGGAACAAGAUAGACUAACCACAGUACGCACACCCCAAUAGAUACACUCAUUUGAUUAAAAUUGUUGUUGUCUUUACAUUGGUAAACGAUAUUAUAAAUCAUGGCGCUGACAUUGUAACUUGAAGAUAAAUAUACUGAUUGAAAAGAAGUAAGGGAACAUAUGCCAUUUAGAACCACAUUUAAUUCACCACUAGAGUACUUACGCUUGUAUAAAAUACAGAGAUGUUAUGUUUGAUUGAAUUACUGUGAAAUUGACUGUAAAUAACACUGUUAACUUCCUAGCACUGUGGAUGAGGAUUUUGAUAACGGUCAAUAUUUGGUGUUACUACCCGUAUCCCCGUAUUUCUUUUCAACAGUAUAUAUUUUCGCUAUGUUAAAUGGUGUCAGCCUACUGCUUGUAUAUAUAAAAUCUCCUUGAGUUUAUUUGCAUGUAAACAAAUAUUCAAUAGACUUGUAUGAAGGUUAAAACCGAAGAAUCCAUAGUAUUCAUUGUAACAAAUACGACAAUAAUAUAAAUUAAUUUCUAUGUUACUAAUAGGAUUCAAGAGAAACACCCAUUUUGAAUCAAACAAGAACGGAUCCAAGGGGAUGAACCAGAAGAACAUAUUUCCCCUAAAAUCACACAAGUGCCUUUUAACACUUUGUUUACGCGUUUCAUUUUUCGAAUGUAAAACCUUUAUUCGUGUGCCCAUUUGCUUUAGGUCCAUCCUUAAAGAAAUAAUAAUAAUAAUUUUAAAAAUUUACGCUCGAAACAUAUUUUAGUUACCGUAACAGUGAUGAAGGUCGCUAAAGGCAGAUUGAAACAGGCUGACGUUUCUGUCAUUUUGUAUCAGUGCACAUGUAUUUACACUUUAUAUAUUUGUUGUAAAAAUUUAAAAUAAAACUAAUAAAAUUC